GGCUACCUCAUAGUCAUCACAGACGCCAACCAAUUAUACUACAUCGACUAUCACUCGGGCGGGCUGAAGAUCACAGUGACUCACUCUAUCGGCACCGAAGUGAGCGCCUCAGAAAUGGCCUCGAUGUCGGAAAAAGAUACGGCUUUCUGGCUAUACCUUGGCACGACGAAAGGAAACGUCAUCACACUCACAGGUAACGCACAAGGGGUGUGCCAGGCCAAGGAUCAGAUAUACUGGAACCACUUCACAGCCCCAAGCAAUAAAUCACACCCCGGAAAGAUUGUGGCGAUCAAAGGUGCGUCUCUGCUAGCUUAG